AUGACGCGUCCGUCGCUCGACCGGACGGCCUCCAAACGGGAAAAGGUCAACGCCGUGUCAAAGGCAAGCCUGGCCAUGUUCAACCCGGCCUACGCGAUGGGCAUCGAGUCGGGACCCACCUGGCUCGACGAACACGAGAGCAUGUCCGAAACCCACGACUACCCCGAGGCCACGCCGGAGCUCGAGGCGUUUGCGGACGCGGAUGGCGAUCAGGACGAGACAGAUCUUAUCGACUUGCCCGUACAGCCGCGAAGCCAUGGUCACGCCCAUACCAAGUCCGUCUUUGAAGACGACGGGUGGGCGCCCUCCCCCACGUCAUCUACCUUUUCCGGCUCGUCGGCUUCUUCUGCUUCACCGACAUUCGGCGAGGCCGCUGGUCUUAGUCGAAAUAGCACCGUCAAACUUCGCAAGCAGCCUGGGCGAAGCGGGUCCAACGCCAGCUCCAACUCCCUCUCACGAUUUUUUUCCUGGAAGCGUGCACAAAACGGAAGCAGCAACAUGCAUGGCAUCAAGAUCACAAAGCAUGGCGGCGCCGUCUCGACUUCGCCCUUGAUGAGGACGCUUGAUGACCAGCCCAGGAGUGCGCCUCCUCACAUUGAGUCAUUCGAGGCUGCGCAAUGCUACGCCUACCAGCUCAAUGGUCCCUCAUCACUGCCCGGUACGCCGCUUGAGGCGACUCAAAAUCUGCCUGCGCUUUCUUCCUCGUCCUCCUCGUCCUCCGCAAACUCGUCUUCUCCCCCGUCAUCGAUCUCAGGAUUGGAAAGGCACGAUGAAGACCGUAGCUUGGGCAGGAAACACAGCAUGCCGUCUCUGCGUGAAGUGAGGAGCAAGAAUGCCUGUCAUUUGGGCAAGUCUUCGUUCUCCAGCUCCGCCAACGAACCCUUCUACUGGAGGGACGAGCACUUUGCCCCUCCGCCUCCCAUGCCGGCUUCGGUCUCGCCUCGACUGGGAGGGGAGAGGAUGUUGAGACAAGUCGGGAGCAACAGCAGCAACGGUAGCAACAGUAGUAGUAACGGAGGGAAGUCAUCCACGAUGACGGUUAGACCAAUCAGCCGCAUUUCGAGCGUCGGGAAGGGGGCCAUUCGCAAAUCGAUGAUGCCCCUUCAGCUCAACGAAGCAACGUCCUGCGCAUCUCCAACGCUUCCAUCCUCCUCUUCGCCCACGCCCAGCAACAUGGCUGGCAUCGGCAUCAAGUCUCCCAAGUCUCCCAAGUCAACGAGCUCAAAGAGCCGAAAGCGCUUCGACCCCGUCAAUUCACCAGAGAUGCCAAGCUUGCCUUUGGGUGCCACGACCCUGGCCGAGGCAGUUGAGCAGGGACUUUUUGGAAACAAGACCUCCUCUUCAGCUGCGAAAACGAAGCAGAGCAAGGACGUGUCCACGCACUCUGAGAGCGCGACGAAGAAUAAGACUGCUCCACAAGAUAGCCACAGAAUCCGGAGACGAAGUCGAAGCGUGGGUGCCCAAGAGGCUGCCACCGACAUUGGACCACCUCGCUUCUCGACCAUGUUUGGCUUGCCCGAGACCACGCACGAGCUGGAUCUCGAAGCCAUCCUGGCACCCUCGUCAACGCUCUCAAACAGCUCCGAGGACCUUGGUCUGGGCCUGCAUGGCAAGGAUGACAUCUACGGCGGGGUCGUGUACGAGGAGCCUCAAAGCACCCAGGACAGGAGAACGCGCGAAGCGAGUAAUGGGGGAGGCGAGACACCCAAGCUCGGCGAGACACUUGAAGACGGUAACAGUGAUGACCACUGGGGCUCGCCGUCCGCCCUCGUCGCUCGCAGGGUCCAACUCAACCACGGUGGAAGUGUGGUGGGCGUCUCGAGCCCCAAGCUUGUCAGCCUCAGCAGCCCCAGAAUGUCAGACUCUGCUCGACUCAGUCCUCAGUCUCACUCACCGUCCAAGCUCGGUGCAGCCGCCUCGUCUCUGGAACUCAAAAGCUCGCAAGAGGGUCGAUGUCCUCGUCCGGGACUCCAACCGCAACCUGUUCUUGUCAACGUCAUGCCACCAACGCCAGACCUCGGCGCGGGUGAGGAGGACACGUUUGAAGGCGAAACGCCCAGCCCUUCGGUCCUGCGAACCGCUCGUCAAGAGGAUCAACCCGACUACGACGACGAAGAGGAAGAGGAAGAAGACGAGGAAGUUCGGGAAGAAGAAGCGUACAGUCAGAUGCUCGAAGAGCAGCAUGAUCCAUGGCAGGAGGAACAGUCCACGAGGAAUCGGUCUCAAAGCGGCUUCUCGACGAGCACGACUAGUGAUGGUUCGUCUUCGAGUUCUUUGGGACUCAGCUUCGAUGCGACACUGUCGCAGGACGAGGACGAGUACGAGCCUUUUGGAUUUGCCAGAAGCUUGUCGAGCUCGAGCCUGGCCAGCAGUGUGGACUCGGAUGCUUCGGAGAACGAGUCGGCGCAGAUCAUGGUUGCCAGCUCAGCCAGCGCAACAUUUGAAAAGGCCACUUUCUUGGGCGGCGCCAGCCCCUCAUCUUCCAGCGGUGGCGGUAGCAACAGCAGCAGCGGCAGCAGCGUUUCGCCAACAAGCGCCGCUCCAUCGCCGUGGAGCUCUUCUUCGACCUCAACCUCCUCAUUCUCUUCGGGGCCAUCGUCUGUGAGCAGCAGCAGUAGCAGCAGUAAUAGCGGCACGAACAAGCGUGCGAGCAGGGUCGGACUAUCGACGCUCAGCUCCGGUCAAAGUCUCGCCAGCGUCAUGACGACUUCGACGAGCAUCCUCGAUUUCGGCAUGGAUGGUCUCGGCCUUACGUCGUUUGGCAAUGAGCUGGACAUGAGGGAACUUACUGAAAAGGCAGCCAAAAGGCGAAGCUCGGAUCUCUUCUCGCCCGCAGAAAUCAGAGGCCUUGCUUCCCAGGCCGAAGACGAAGACGACUGCGACACGCCUCGCCUUUCUGGUGGCAAUCGAUUCGAAAGUUCCAAUGCCACGACACAAAUGAAGUUGGCAGGCAUUCAGCCCACGCGGCCGCUGCAACUGCGCAAGAACCAGCUUGGCGGCCAGGACUUCAAAUCGUCGCCGGCACAGCAGGGCAAUGUCCUCUCGACGCCCUCGAGCUAUCGGAUCCCACGAGGCCAGAGCGCCUCUUCACCACAUCUAGAAUUGGACCUAAGCCUACCCCUUGACCUUGACGAUCUGGGGCUGGGCCUCGGUCUGCCAAGCAUCAAGGGCAGCGCAAUUCGUAAGUCGAGGCAGCCUUCGAUUAUCUCGCCGCCCAAACCGCCAAAGUCGGCUGCACGCAGACGACCACAACAAGCCCCUCCCAUGAAGCGCACGACGUCUGCCCCGGAGCCUGAUCCUUGCCGUCGCUCUUCUUUAGAGCCCAAGACGCCUCCGCGUCCGUCCGCGACCACCCUUCAGAACCCACCAGCAGGCUCAUUCGAAGCUGCUUUUGGCCUAGGUCUCGGUCUGGCACUUGAUCUCAGCGAAAAUUCGACCGCCCCAUCUCCACCAAAGAAUAGCAGACCUCCAUCCGCUGUGGGCUUUGCUCUUUGA